GGCCCCUGACAUUCCACGUAUCCUGGAGACCAGGACUGGAGAAGCUGAGCCCUUUUCCUUCCGCUGCAGGGAACAUGGUGACGAGGAGAGGAGCAGGGACCCACUUCUUCGUCUUCCUGAUGUACUGCUGGCCAAAGGUGCAGCUCCGGCCGAUGGGAACACACUCAGACACCAGCUCUGAACUACUGAGUUUUAGAAGUUUGGAUGAAGUGGCCACAUUAUUCGAUGAGAUUCUAGUCCAAGAGAUUUUGGAUCCAAAGAAAUUAACAUUCCUGGAGACACUAAGCCCAGCAGCAACAUUACCAACAGAAAAAACGACAGAAAAAAACGUCCCCCUGAAAGAGAAUCAGCAGAGCAGUGCUUCUGAGAAACAGCAGAGCCAGUUAAGUGCUCCUAAGAAACAGGAGAGCCAGAGCUCUCCCCAGCCUGUGGUCAGUCUCUUCUCUGAGGAAGAGGAGAAAGAAGCACUUUAUCAGAUUAAAACCCUCUCUGCGCUGGAGAAAAUCAUCGACAGCCUUCAAAGAGUGCUAACAGAGCUGGGUGUUGAGGCACCAGCUGCCCAUCUGCAGAACCCCUACCAUGCCUCAAGAAAACCUCUUGCUCAACAGGAGAAAGCCUCAAGAAGAAGCGCAGGCUGCUCACGAGCAUGCUGAAAGCCAGGUACCUGCACAGCAACAAGAGCCUGCCCUGAGCGCCCGGAAGACGGCCAGGGCACCCCUGGGGCUGGCACACGGCCAGUCAGCUGGCAGGACAUAGAAUAAAAGCGCCAUAUUUAAACAUAA